GGCGGAGGACCGGGGGACCUUUUUAAAUUAAAUUCGCUAUUUCGCUAAGAAUGCGAAGCUACUGCAUUUUAAAUUAUUACAGAAAACUUUACAAAAAUGUGCAAGUACGAAAAUAUUGUUCUAAUUUUGACAGCCAAUAUGAAACAAAAAUUGAAAAGAUAAGAAAUAUUGGGAUUUUGGCUCACAUAGAUGCAGGGAAAACUACAACAACAGAACGUAUGCUAUUCUACUCUGGAACUAUCAGGUCUAUGGGGGAAGUGCACCAUGGUAACACAGUCACCGACUACAUGGAACAGGAGAGGCAGCGCGGAAUCACAAUUACAUGUGAGAAAAAAUGAUUAAAUUACUGAUGUUCAUAUCGCCACUUGUGUUCUGUAAAUUUAACCAACUAACUGGCAUCUGAUAGAUUAAAUAAUUGUGGAUUUUAAAAAUCUCCAAAAGCGUUUCAGAAAUGGCAACUCUGUGCAUAGGGAGGGCGUUGUGGGGGAAUAAAAAGAAGGACCACUCAUCAUAGUGCACAAAAGCGUAGUUUUCGAGGAAAAAACUAACAGACUUACAAAAAUCUCUUUAAUCAAAGUAAAACUUACAUACUAUAGUAGGAGACAUUGGAGGGAGGUGGAAAUAUCCCUCCAAGCCAAGGAGAAAUCAAAGCAAAAAAAAUCAUAAUUUAUGAGAUUCUGUAAAAGUAGUAGUUUAAAGUAGCAGUUGUAUUUACUAGUAAAAGGGGAGAAAUAAUUAUUCAAAUGUAUUAUUAAUAUGAUACGAUAUAAUGAGAAAAAUUGAUCGAGCAUAUUUUGGUGAAUGCAAUAUAAUAUCUUUACUUCUUAUAUCAUAAAAAUAUGCACCAAAUUUCUGGGUUGCUGUUUCUAAAGCUGAGUCAAAUACCCAUCCAUUUUGUUAAGAGAGUAUUAAGCCUACGUAACCUUGGACAUUAUCACUCAAUCCUAUACUCAGCACUGAUUCUAAUGUAAAGUUGUGAAAAUUAAAUUUUUAAACAAUAAAAUAAUAUGAACAUAAUAUUUUCACAUUCUGAAAGCGGUGCUAAGAUAAAGUAUAUAGAGGAAUCAAAGCUUCACUUCAGAAUGUAAAAUUAUUGUAUUAUUUUAGUUAACUGAAGUUUGCUUUUACUUUUUAUAAAAAAAAAAUUUGCCUGUUUACUUAACUUUACUUUAAAACUUCUUCCCCUAUGGUUAAGGUAAAUUUUUUAUCCAAAUUUAUAUGAGACCAACCCUCAUAUAUAAGAUAUUUACAAUCACAAACUAAAAAUAUAAAUAAAGGGUAAUUAAUACAUCUUUUUCUAUUAUAAAAGGUUAAAGUUACCGUCUAUAUACAUUCCACUGCUGGGCACAGGCCCUCUCAUUUUUGAGAGGGCUUCAAAACCCUUGUACGGGCCACAGUUUGCUACUUGUACAACUUCUUUGAUAGUUAAGUUAGUUAAUAGUUAUGUAGUUUAAAGAUAGUUUAAGACGACAGUAUGGUAGUUGCUACUAUAGCAGUUUAUUACACACACUGAGUUUAAUAUGAAAAAGGUGCAUUAUAAAUAAUUCACGGUGUGGCGGUUCAAGCCGUAUCAGCAUAAAAAUUUUUGGACUGUACAACUCUAUUAUAAAAUUCAUAACAAAAUUAUAUGAUAGAGCAGUCAUAGAGAUUACCUACAUUUUGAAGUGUACCAAGGAGUUAAUGGGGCAUUUUACAGCCUGCCAAAAAUAUUAGUUUCUACAAGGUGUAAUUAUUAUGUCUUCUCCUACCAGGAAUAUUAACUCUUAUUUAUGACAAACAAAAACAUUCAUAAUGCAUAUAAUUUAAAAUUAAAAAUUUUGUGCAACCGACUUCAAUAUAAAUUAUGAAGAAUAACUCAAAAACUUUUGGUCAGACCUUGAUGAAAUUUAUAUGGGACCACAUGUGAAGCACCAGCUUUCAAAUAAAAAAAAGAAUCAUCGAAAUUGGUCCACCCAGUAAAAAGGUAUGAGGUAACACAUUAAAAAAAAACAUACAGUCAAAUUGAGUACUGUCUCCUUUUUGAAGUCAGUAGAAAAGUGAGUUCAUUCCAUAUAGUAACAAUAAUAAUAUAAAGUUGGUACAGAUUUAGUAACACAUUAGGAUGGCAGAAGCCUCAGCAUCAUCACUACUCGAAAUUUCGCGAGUCGAAGAAUUCAAGUUGUCGAAAAUUAAAGAGGAAAAACUUGUAAAUUAGCUUAACUCAAUGCCCUACAUUUUUUUAACAGCUGCAGCAGUAUCAUUUCCUUGGCAUGGAAUGCAAAUCAAUCUGAUUGAUACACCAGGCCAUAUUGACUUUACAAUGGAAGUUGAACAGAGCCUAGCUGUGCUAGAUGGGGCUGUGAUAGUACUGGACGCUUCAGCAGGUAAAAACAUUCUCUUACGUUUCAUUUAAUCCAUCAAUCAGCAUAUGUGGCUGCCUCCUUCGUAAGAAGGCUGUUUCUUUAUUAUCAGUAAGCAGGCAAAUUGGUGACUAAUGCUAAGUAUUUCUACUUAUGCUGUCGCACAUAAUCUGGAUUGGGUUUUUUUUUAUAGAAUAAGGGUGACAAAUGAGCGCACGGUCCACUUGAUGGUAUGUGGAUACUGUGGCCUAUAGAUAUCUACAUUAUUCCUCGAUUAAGUAUUAAAAUACAGAUGCAUUGUUGCUCAGGACUAAGAUGGAAUGCCUCGUUUCCAGUAAAAAGGGUCACCAGUUCUCUACACUCACCAUACGAUACACAGCAGCUUUAAGCUGUUAUUUUACGCUGUUAUUCUGUGUGAAUGUGGUCCUAACCUGGUCGAACCAACCCACUCAUGCUACAAUUAAUAUAUGGUAGAGCCAUAUUAGUAGUAGCAUGAGUGGGUCGGUUAAUAUAUUAAUUAUAUAUCUUUAUAUAUAAAAAUUAUGUGUCACAUUGUUUGUCCGCCAUGAACUCCUCAACUACUGAACUGAUUUCAAUGAAAUUUUGCACACUCUGUGCAGUUUGGUCCAACUUGAGAGAUCCUUUUAUCCCGAUAAGUGACACUCAAUAUUUUUUAUUAAGAAUUUAAGGAUUUUUUAUAUGAAGGGUCGUCGAUAAGGGCAGAAUAACAUCUGCCUAGCCAGAUAGUAUAUAUAUAUAUAUAUAUUUGUUGCUGAAUAUAGGAUUUUCCCGAAAAUUGGCACAAAACAUGAUCCUGAGUCACUUACAUCCAUUGACAUCCUGCAUGUCUUACCAUGUUGUUUUCACUCCAUCCAGGGCUGUUCUACACCUCCCUUACCAGUUCAAGGCUUCCCCAUCUGUUAUUUAUUUGUGUACAAUUUAUUAUUGGCACUUUAACAAAAGGGUUACAAAUGGUGAAUUAAUAAUGUCUUUAGUCAUUAUCACUCAGAAAACCUUGAUUAUGGGUUCUGAUAAUAUAUUGGGUUAUAUCAUUUCUCCUGUUUCUACUGCCUAUAUCUUAUCAGAUUUGGUAUCAGAACCAAUGUUUUCGUUAGUUUAUAAUAAUUUAGUGAUGGCUAUACAAUUUUUUUUAUUGACUACUUGGUAAGAGAUGCAGGAAGUUGAUGGAAGCAGUGGACUUGUGGGUUGUAGUGAUGAUGAUGAUGAUUGGCCAUGUCUGAUAUUUGUAAGUUUUAAAUACUUCCAGGGCACAUAAAUUCUGUUAACUUGGAUUUUUGUUUUCUUCCUACUUAAUAACCCAGCUGCUCUUUUAUAUCAAUUGACUUUAAACAUUGCAGGAGUAGAAGCCCAGACUCUGACAGUAUGGCGGCAGGCAAGCGGGUAUAGGGUCCCGCGAAUCCUUUACCUAAACAAAAUGGAUCGGGAGGACGCCGACGUCAACGCUUGCGUUGUUUCGGUGCGAGACAAACUGCAAGCCACUCCAUUGGUGCUUCAUCACCCCAUUGUCAAAGAUGGCAAACUUAUUGGUAAAGAAUUGUUAAAGUAAAUAUAUUCAAAUAUCCUUUUUUUUUUUGCGCAACCUAUGUCAAAAUGUUUGCAUAUUUCAAAACUGAGGUUACAAAAGAUUGGCAUCUAUACAAAUAAAUAAAAUUGAUUUUGUCUGCUUGUAACAUC